GGGGAGCCAGUAGCUGGCCGGGGAGCGGCCGGCAGCACUAGGCGCGGCGGUCCGUGCCUGCCUCGCUAUGGAGGAGCAACGGGGAGAUCGCUGGGAUGCAAAGAUGCGCUCGGCCCAGGGCUGGGCUUUCUAAAAAUGACGCUCUGGAAAAAGUUUUGACUUGGCCUUUUGGCUUCCAGUCUAGCAGUGCGGAAUGGCUUCUGUUUCAGUCCCUGCGGAGGCUGUGCUUUCCUUAGCUUGGGACCUGGGCUGUGAGCCGAGUCUGGAUAGCUAGUACCACUGAUGGCUCGGAAUUUACAGAUCAGCAUUGUCUGCUAUUUCAGUUCAGUGUUUGUGCGCUGCCACUGCUUACUUACCUGUGCUUUGGAAGGAGAUGCUGCAAAAGAUCGUUUCUACUCUAGCAAGCAAAAAUUAUGAAAUUCACAACUUCAUUGACCUGCUGAACCAUACAAUAAAAAACCUUCAGGUAAACUCUUCUAAUGUAAUCAGUGAGCUGGAUGAAGAAUUUGAUGGUCUGUAUUCUAUAUUGCAUGAGAUGAAGGGGAGUAUGGCCAGCGCUAUUCAGCAAGAAAGUAUGCGUAAAAUUCAAGCUCUGCAGGAUCAGCUUAGCCAAUGUAGUAAUGCCCUAGAGAGUUCUGAAGAGCUGCUGGAACUUGCUGCGCAGUCGCUGGACAUAAAGGACCCUGUGGAAUUCUUAAAGGCUGCCAGACAGAUCAAAGAUAGAGUCACAACGGCUUCAGCAUUCUGCAUCUCUCUGAAACCGAAGGUCAAUGAUAAUAUGACUCAUAUGAUGGUGGACUUCACUCUGGAAAGGCACAUACUCCAGUCCGUAAAGUUUUUGCCAGUACCCAAAGCUCCAGAGAUAGAUCUAGCAGCAUGUUUGGUUGCUGAUAACUGCAUAACAGUGUCAUGGAGAAUGCCUGAAGAGGACAGCAGAAUUGAUCAUUUUUUACUGGAGUAUAGGAAAACCAACUGCAGUGGGUUUCCUCGAGCAAAAGAUGGACAGCGUUGGGAAGCGAUAAACUACAUUAAAGCUACUGAAUAUACAUUAUCGGGUCUGAAAUUUGAUACAAAAUACAUGAAUUUUAGAGUACAAGCUUGCAACAAAGCUGUGGCAGGGGAAUACUCUGAUCCUGUGACUCUGGAAACCAAAGCGUUUGUGUUCGGUUUGGACAGUACUUCAUGUCACCUGAACUUGAAAGUUGGAGAUACCUAUGUUGAAUGGGUUACUACUGGAGGCAAAGGCCAAGAAAAAAUAAAAGGGAAGGAAAAUAAAAGCACAAGUGGCCCACAGUCUCCAAAGAGGAUAUCUUUUAGCAGAUCCUUGGUGAGGAGGAGCAGCAGAGAUCGUUUUGCUGGUGAAUCAUACACGGUGUUAGGAGACACUGCUAUUGAAAGUGGACAGCAUUACUGGGAGGUGAGAGCCCAGAAGGAAUGCAAAUCCUACAGUGUGGGAGUAACAUAUAGAAACCUGGGGAAAUUUGAGCAACUGGGGAAGACUAAUUCAAGCUGGUGCAUCCAUAUCAACAACUGGCUGCAAACCACAUUUUCAGCAAAACAUAAUAAUAAAACCAAGACUCUAGAUAUGCCUGUUCCAGACAGAAUAGGAGUGUACUGCGACUUUGAUGGAGGUCAGCUCACAUUUUACGAUGGAAACUCAAAGAAGCUCUUAUACACCUUUAGAACAAAGUUUACUCAACAAUUAUUACCAGGCUUCAUGAUCUGGUGUGGUGGGCUUACGUUGAGUACUGGUUUGCAGGUGCCAAGUGUGGUGAAAAUGCACCAGAAAAGUGAAAAUGAAUUGAGUGGUUCGGCAACCAGUUUAAACAAUAUCGCCUAGUAAUGUCUAUUAUUAUAUAUUGCUGAUUAUUUUUUUUUCCCCCCUGUGUGGCUGUUACUGACAGAAGCCUGUCAGAAUUGGAUUAAACUGGAUUUGCUACCUGCUGCUGUUUGGGGCUUAAAGUGUUAGGAACCUACUGUGAAUCCAGACACAAGUGUCAGACAGAAAACUGAACUGUUGCCUAUUUGAAAAAUAAGUGGAGAAAUAAAAAGCUGUAACUAUGUGCUUUUCUAAUACUGUAUUUAAACAUUUUGUUAUGGACAUGAAUAUUACUUUUGUAAUUAGUGGGUUUUUUCUGUGAAAAAUUAAACAUACAGGUUUUUUUAGCUCUCCUAACAUGAAUUACUUGACUAUAGGUUUUAUUAUUACCGGGCUUCCCAUUAGAACCUGUGAUAUCAAACAUGCAUUUCAAAAGAGUGUUGAUUUGCUACCCUAGCCUAGCAAAAUAUCACAGCAUAUGAUUUCAAAAGAAUAUUACAAGAAGUAAGAGCAGUCUGUGAUAUUUUUUUCUGAUAUAAAAUCAUCCUGUUUCCCAGGAGUAGCUCAUUUAAAUAUUGGAUAUUUAAAGUUUGGCUUCUGUUUAUUACAGAUUACAGAAUAUGUAAAAACUUAAAGGUAUUUAAAAGCGUUCUUAUGUAAUCAGGGAACAUGCAUUAUGAUAACCAGUCAUUGAACUGGGAAUUAUUUCAGUUAAGAGGUUCAGAACCAAAAAUCCAGAGCUUUUUUAAAACUACAGCAUGAUACUGCUCUCUUAGCUCUUAAUUGAGGGUCAACUCUUGGCUUUCUAGUUUUGUGGCAUUAUUCCAAUUAGAUUAUGAUAAUCAGCAAUUCACAUUGCACCUGAUGAAAAAAUGACAAAUUGAAUCUUUGUCUGCCAGUAGCAAAGGUGCAGUGCAGCUGAGGCUGGGAACAAGGGUGUGAGAGCUUCAGUUUAAAUGCAUCUCCCCAGAGAAGAUCAUGGGGGAUGGGCUAUUGCCAAAACACCUUUCAGCGUUUUCUUAAGCCAGCUCCAAGGCUGGCUAAAACUUCUCAAACAGCUAUGUCAGUAUCAAAGCUGGCAGCAGAAGUGGCACUAAAUUCCUGUUGAUGGGGCAGUAUCCUCUGAGCCCAGGCGCACAUUUUUGCUACCUGUUCUGACUAGCCUAGUGAGGAUUGCUGGUACUGUCUGGAUAACCAGAGACAUCAAAAAAUUCCAUGAUUUUUUUAUCCAGCAGAAAUGUAGCUUAUAUGUGUAGUAUCCCACCCUAACUUGCUAGCACAUACCAUACAUCAUGUAUAUGUGGCUAUGAGACUGGCCUUCAGAGGACCAUAUCCUAAAGGCUCUCCUUAUAGCCUCCCAGCAUAAUGUGUUCCCCUCUCUUAAGGGCAAGGGAAAAAGUGGAAAGUGAGCAAAUGCUUUGCCAGCUAACAUGAUCUGCUUUUGGAUCUGCAUGUACAUGUUUUUGUUCACAUAUCAAGUGAAAUGUUGAGCCUGGGUGUUCAAUGAUCUCAGCUCCUAGUUGGUAGCUUAGUAACAAUAGUCAUAUGAUUCAUAAUAGUGGGAGAGCUAAAAAAAUAAUCAUGUUAUAUUCUUCAUGGAAAAUUGCAACUUUUCAAUGAGAAUUCUGUGUGUAUUAUAGACUGUUAAAAUCUGCUUUCUUCCCUCUAAUUGAGUCCAGGAGCCUAGAAAUAAUUUUCAGAUAUACACUUGAAUCAGCUGUGUCCUAACUGAAGAUUUUUUCCAAAUACCAUCUGAAAACUGUUUCAAAUUCAUGCUGAUAGUCCAUAGUGAAUUGGCUUCUUUCUUACAGGGCUGAACUGUAAAAACAUUUUAAAUAUUGAUAUGGGUCCUUUGUGUCUAUCAAGAUUUCUCAAGAAGAGAAAUUCCGUGAAACAACUCAUAAUCUGAUUAUGAUGUUCAGUGGAAAACUUUAAAUUUUUUUCUUAAUACUUGCUCUAGAAAGUUACGUUUCUCUUGAGAAAUCAUGAAGUUGACAGGAUGGUUGAGCCUUCAUGUUAACUUUGUAUCUGCAACUUGAGCAUCUCUAUAAAUAUUUGCUUUGUGAACAGAUCAGCUGUGAUUUUUUUUUUGCAGAGGAAAAGUGCAAAACAAUUCCCAGUUUAACUGUACUUUCCUCUGCCAGUUUAGUGUUUUGGGUCUUGAAACAGAGAUACUGGAAGGUGACAUGAUUCUUGAACAGUGUUUGAAUGCUUCAAAUGUUAUCCACAGAUGUUGUUAUAUUAUCCUAAUAGUCUGUGUAGUAAUCUUAAAUACUACUUCCUCAGUUCUUUACUUUUUACUUCAGUGAACACCUGACUGGGUGUGCUAGGGGCUCAGCUGCUAUGAAUUCAGUGGUAUGUGAGCAAGUAAGACUUGUGUGGUUGAACCCUGGUGGUGGUUUGAGAGGGCAGGGUUAAGAUAGAUGCUCCUUAUUUUGAGACUUGUUCUUCUAACGACUGUGGUAAACAGAUACAGAAAUAGGCUAGCAACCCUUCGCACUUGAUGUUGGGUGUUCAGCUACAGUUCCUACUUCCCUUUUUGGCAAGAAAGGGAAUAUUUACAGUAAGUUAAUGUGUAGUGAGAGAAAACUAUGAGUAACCUCUAUUUCUACAUAAAAGCAUUUGAUUUUUUUUUUGUAAGAUGUAUAACCUGCAAGUUAAAUUUGAUAUGCACAAUGUAAAAACAUAGUUUUUCUUUAACAUUUAAAAGAAAGCUUAAAUGAUUUCUUACUGUGACUUGCAAGUUCUAGAUUAACUCAUGUCCUGGAUGAAGUCAAUGUGACCUUUUUUACCCUUAAAGAAUGAAUUUGUUAUUUGAUAGUUUGCACAGAUGUCAAAUUUUUGCUGCUAACAGCUAGUACAACUGUUUUUAGUAAAUGGGGAUAUGAAGAAUUGCCUUAAGCACUUUAGAUUUCUUAGACUUUUUUCUUUCCUGAGCUAAUAGUUGUCCAGUACCAAUUUAUUGGUGAUAUUUUGUUGAAGUUGGUGCGCUGUUUGUACCUGCAGCAAGAAAGGAAUGCGUGCAGCCUGUGAAGUUACUUUUUUCCUAGGCAAAUCCACCUCAGGAAUUGGAGAGGUUGUUCUUUGGCAAUGGAAUUAGACCUUUUGAAGGUCUAUGGGUUUACCCGUCGUUAACGCAAAGUAGAAUAUCUGUAGUAAUUUAAUACUCCUUGAGCCUCUGUGUUCUGGAGUUGAUGCUGUUAGGUGGCUAGACAGGAGUUUUCUUCUGUAUGACCAAAAUAAGAUUUAUAAUUUUUUUUCUAAACAGUGAUCGCUGGUAGUCAUUCAGACUUCAGAUAACUUCAGGAUAACUUGUGAGGAACUGAAGGUUUCCCCUGAGUUAAUACAUCAGUAAAUUGUAACUUUUGUUGUUUCUACAGAAAGCUGUAUGAACUGCAACAAGGGAUGUGAAUUUUAGAAAGGAUGACUUAAACACAUCCAGGUGAUAGGUGCUUCUCCAAAUACCAAAUACAGAUGGCAGAGGGUGAAGGCUUACUUAUUUAGCCCUCCUCUAAGGACAAAAAAGUAGAGGCUACUGUACAAACCCUGUUUCCCUACCCCCUUGUGCCCUCCAACAAGAGUGCUGUUCCUGCUGUUUUGCAUUAAGACCGGGGAAUGGGAACUGGUUCCCUCAGGAAGAACAUCUGACUUAGCACUGUUGUGGUUUCCUAACGAUCACUGAUCCUGAACAUAACGCAUAAUUUGACAGGCAAUAGCGAUGAGUUCUGUUGAUUGUUGCCCCCGCCUCAACCGCCCUGGAGCCGUCUGAAGGCCCUGCUGGAAGGGGAGGCCUGGCAGCGGUUUUCCGUCGCCAUCCCUGCGUCCCGGCCGCACACGGUGCGCCUCCAUCGCUCGCUGCCUUCCCGCACUGGCCUGCGACACCUCCUGUGCAGCUGCGCGUCCCGGGGGCAGCCGCCGCGGGGGCCCCACCGCCACUGGCUGUACUCCGGCCUCCUCCGCCGGGUGCCAUCCUUCGCCGCCGCGGAGCGUUCUGGUGUCUUUGACUGAGGUGUGAUGCAAGCGUUUUGUAUUAAUAAAGAAAUUUGAAAUCUGU